AUGGAUGUAAUUUUUUGUGGUGGUGGUGAUGUGCGAUCGCAGGAACAGUCACCAUCGUUAAGAAGAGGGAUGAUACGCUGCGCUGUAACGGGCGCCGGGUGCGUCGCUUCGUGGAGCGGCGAUCGGAGGUCGCCGGCGGUCAACCCCUGCAGCGUGCGGAUGCCGACGGGCAACGGUGGUGGGUGGUGCGGCGGCCUGAGGUUGCGGGCGGCGGAUCUCGCCGGCCUCGAGAUGGCCAGCCUUCGUGGCGGCGUCGGGGGGCUCUUCCGCGCGAGCCCGCGCUAUGGGCGCUUGCAAGCCACGGCCGCAGUUGACCCUGAAGAUAUUCCACUGGAGAAGGUUCAAGUUAAAUCCUCAGGACAUGUUCUGUCAUAUGUUGGUGUUGCUUGUUUGGGGGCUAUUCUGUUUGGUUAUCAUCUUGGUGUGGUCAAUGGCGCGCUUGAAUAUCUCGCGAAGGAUCUUGGGAUUGCUGAAAAUGCUGUCUUACAGGGAUGGGUGGUUAGCACAUCCCUGGCUGGUGCAACACUAGGUUCUUUUACCGGGGGAUCUUUGGCAGAUAAAUUUGGGCGGACAAGAACAUUCAUCCUGGAUGCAGUCCCGCUUGCUCUAGGUGCAUUCUUGAGUGCAACAGCUCAAGAUAUCCGCACCAUGAUUAUUGGUCGGUUGCUUGCUGGAAUUGGUAUUGGGAUCUCAUCUGCUCUUGUACCCCUUUACAUAUCUGAGAUCUCACCAACUGAAAUUCGUGGAACGCUUGGUUCUGUUAAUCAACUUUUUAUCUGCAUUGGAAUUCUUGCAGCUUUGUUAGCUGGAUUGCCUUUGGCAGGAAAUCCUGCCUGGUGGAGGACAAUGUUUGGAAUUGCUGUAGUUCCAUCCGUUUUGCUGGCUGUAGGAAUGGCCUUUUCGCCUGAAAGCCCUCGUUGGCUAUUCCAGCAAGGAAAGGUUAUUCAAGCAGAAUCAGCUGUAAAAAGACUGUAUGGAAAAGAAAUGGUUACCGAAAUUAUGUAUGAUCUGAGAGCUAGUGGCCAAAGUUCUUCUGAACCCGAAGCUGGCUGGUUUGAUCUUUUCAGCAAGCGUUACUGGAAAGUCGUGAGUGUGGGGGCAGCACUGUUUUUGUUCCAGCAGCUUGCUGGUAUAAACGCCGUUGUAUAUUACUCUACAUCGGUGUUCCACAGUGCAGGCAUUGCAUCUGAUGUUGCUGCUAGUGCUCUUGUUGGAGCAGCCAAUGUUUUUGGCACCAUGAUUGCAUCUUCUCUAAUGGACAAGCAAGGAAGGAAAAGUCUUCUGAUAACAAGCUUUUCUGGAAUGGGUGCUUCAAUGCUACUCCUAGCAUUGUCCUUCACCUGGAAAGCUCUGGCACCUUAUUCUGGUACUCUUGCUGUUGUUGGCACUGUUCUGUAUGUGCUGUCUUUUGCUCUAGGAGCUGGUCCUGUUCCUGCCCUACUUCUUCCUGAAAUAUUUGCCUCUAGAAUAAGGGCCAAGGCUGUUGCAUUAUCUCUAGGCAUGCACUGGGUAUCCAACUUCUUUAUUGGCCUGUACUUCUUGAGUGUCGUCAACAAGUUCGGGAUCAACAAUGUAUAUUUGGGAUUUGCAUCAGUGUGCGCCCUUGCAGUUCUUUACAUAGCUGGGAAUGUGGUCGAGACCAAGGGGCGAUCACUUGAAGAGAUUGAACGGGAACUAAGUGUGGCAGAAUAA